AAGCCAGAGGGUUCGAAGAUGGCGGCGCGCAAGGGUCGGAGGCUCACGUGUGAAAGCGAGGAACCCAUGGAGGCGGAUUUUGGGGGCGACGACGGGGCCAAGGGCCCGACGCAGGUCUAUCUGCCUGGCCGGGGACCGCCGCUGCGCGAGGGGGAAGAGCUAGUCAUGGACGAAGAAGCCUACGUGUUGUACCACCGAGCGCAGACAGGUGCCCCCUGCCUUAGCUUCGACAUAAUCCGUGACCACCUUGGAGACAACCGGACGGAGCUGCCCCUUUCCCUUUACCUGUUUGCUGGAACCCAGGCCGAGAGAGCCCAGAGCAACAGACUGAUGGUCUUACGCAUGCACAAUCUGCAUGGGACGAAGCCCCCACCCUCUGAAGGCAGCGAUGAAGAUGAGGAGGAGGAAGAUGAAGAGGACGAAGAAGAGAGGAAACCCCAGCUGGAGCUGGCCAUGGUACCCCACUAUGGUGGCAUCAACAGAGUCCGGGUGACCUGGCUGGCAGAGGAGCCCGUGGCGGCCGUGUGGUCCGAGAAGGGCCAGGUGGAGGUGUACGCGCUGCGACGGCUGCUGCAGGUGGUGGACGACGAGCAGGCCCUGGCCACCUUCCUGCGGGACGAGCAGGCCCGUGUGAAGCCUGUCUUCUCCUUCUCCGGCCACAUGGGCGAGGGCUUUGCCCUCGACUGGUCCCCUCGGGUGCCUGGCCGCCUGCUGACUGGCGACUGUCAGAAAAACAUCCACCUCUGGAUGCCCCAGGACGGCGGCACCUGGCAGGUGGACCAGCGGCCGUUCGCGGGCCACACGCGAUCCGUGGAGGACCUGCAGUGGUCACCCACCGAGGACACGGUGUUCGCCUCCUGCUCGGCCGACGCCUCCAUCCGCAUCUGGGACAUCCGGGCGGCCCCCAGCAAGGCCUGCAUGCUCACCACGGCGGCUGCCCACUGCGGGGACGUCAACGUCAUCAGCUGGAGCCGCCGGGAGCCCUUCCUGCUCAGCGGCGGCGACGACGGGGCCCUCAAGAUCUGGGACCUGCGGCAGUUCAAGGAUGGCACCCCAGUGGCCACCUUCAAGCAGCACAUAGCCCCCAUCACCUCUGUCGAGUGGCACCCCCAGGAUGGUGGUGUCUUCGCGGCCUCGGGGGCGGACAACCAGAUCACACAGUGGGACCUGGCCGUGGAGCGGGACCCCGCCGCAGGCGAGGCAGAGACGGACCCCGGGCUGGCCGACCUCCCGCAGCAGCUGCUGUUCGUGCAUCAGGGCGAGACGGACCUCAAGGAGCUGCACUGGCACCCGCAGUGCCCCGGCCUCCUGAUCAGCACCGCGCUGUCCGGCUUCACCGUCUUCCGCACGAUCAGCGUCUGAGGC